UUCUAAUGUCACCACAACUGUCAUGUUAAGAAAAUUUACUGCUGAGAAAAAGUUUUUCUUCUUCGGGGCGAUAAAAAAGCCAUAAUUUUUGUGAAAAAAUCCACAUAAAAUAUAAAGAAAAUUACAAAUAAUUAAUCACAAGUCUAAGAUAAAAGUGUAAACUAAAGUUAAGAACAAAAAACAAUAAAAACAAAAAUGUUUUAAAGUGAGAAUAUCGGUAAAAAAAAUCGUGCAAGGGUACGUAAUAAAUAAAAAAGAGGAGGUGGGUGAAUCACCAUUUGCACCAUAAAAUAUCCUCUAAAAGAGUUGCAAAAAAAAGUUUUUUUUUGUGACUAUUGAAUAAUCAAAAAUUAAAGAAAACCUAAAAAGAAUAUCAACCAAAUACUAAAAGAAAUGUUUAAGAAACCACAAAACAUGUAUCAAAGUGCAUGCAAUGCAGCGACGACCGGGUCUUGUGCCCCCAACACAGAGGCAGAGCGUGAAGCCGAACGGCUGGGUGCCUUAAUGGCUCAACAGCCACCAAGUGCACCCAUUGAACCUGACUACAGUGGUUUUGACAUUGUUAAAGCCACUCAGUAUGGUGCUACAGCCAGAGUUAAGGAAUUAGUGGAAUCCGGUUGGGAUGUUAAUCAGCCGGACAGUGAAACGGUUACUUUAUUGCAUUGGGCUGCCAUCAAUAAUCGCCGUGAUAUAAUUAAGUACUUUUUGGAAAAAGGGGCUGUAGUUGAUGCAUUGGGUGGUGAACUUAAUGCAACACCUCUGCAUUGGGCCACAAGACAAGGUCAUUUAGGUGCUGUUGUCCUCCUAAUGGCGGCUGGUGCCGAUCCGCGUAUUCGCGAUGCGGAGGGUUGUUCGUGCAUACACAUUGCAGCACAAUUUGCACAUACCGCUCUGGUGGCGUAUUUCAUAGCCAAGGGUGUUGAUCCGGAUUUACAGGAUCGUGGUGGUAUGGCCGGCAUAAUGUGGGCCGCAUGGAAGGUUUGUGCUUUGGAUCCCGUACGUUUGUUACUAACACUCGGUGCAAAUCCUGCCAUGGUUGAUUAUACACAUGGCAAUACCGCCUUACAUUGGGCCAUUUUGGCACGUAAUGCCACAGCGAUUAAUACUUUAGUUCUAAAAUCCAAAGCUUCCUUAGAUGUACCCAAUUUACGUGGGGAAACACCACUAACAAUGCUUGAGUCACAAUCGGGGGCCGUCUGGAUAAGUGCUAAAGUAAUGGAACGUAUUAAAGAUGCUGCAUUAUCGUCACAACAAAGAAGAUCUCUAAUGACUCGGGUCAAACAUGACAAACGUUUGCGUUGGUGGUCCAUGGUAGCAUGUCCCUUUACUGCCUUCUAUUUGGCUGGUGUUAUUUUCACUCUUAACACAUUGUACAUUAUAAAGUUCUUUUUAUUGGGUUGUCUCUAUGCGGUAUUUCAUACUUUAGGGAAAGCACUGUUCGAUGAUCAUUUAAUGGCUCUAUUGCCAUUGAGUGUGUAUUGUGCUACGAAAGCCUGGUUUUAUAUAACCUGGUUUGUGUAUAUUGUCGAUGCAGUAUCGUUUGGUACCACAGUGCUGUUUUUAAUAUGUUCGGGGGGUUUGUGGUUAUGUUUUCUGAAAUCGUGGAAAGGCGAUCCCGGCAUAAUACAACCUACACAGGAACAAAGAUUUAAGACCAUUGUGGAAUUGUCGGAACGUGGUGGCAUUGGAUUUGAACCCUCUUCAUUUUGUUCAGGUUGUUUAGUAAGACGUCCUAUACGUUCUAAACAUUGCAGUGUUUGUGAUCGUUGUGUGGCUCGUUUUGAUCAUCAUUGUCCCUGGGUUGGCAAUUGUAUUGGCUUAAAGAAUCAUACCUAUUUUAUGGGUUUCCUGUGGAUGCUGUUGGUUAUGUGCGGUUGGAUGAUUUAUGGUGGCUCUUUUUAUUAUAUGAAUAGUUGUAAUGUACAUUUUGAUGAUUUUCUUGCCGCAUUACGUGCUAUUGGUGACUGUAACGCCUGGAUUGGCUGGGUCAUGGCCAACGCUCUGCUACACAUGUCCUGGGUCAUACUACUUACCAUCUGUCAAACAUAUCAAGUUAUAUGUUUAGGCAUGACCACCAACGAACGCAUGAAUCGUGGAAGAUAUCGACAUUUUCAAGCACGCAAUGGUCAGUCACCAUUUACUCGUGGUGCUUUUAAUAAUUUAGUCGAUUUUCUGGAAUGUACAUGUUUUGGUUUGUUUAAACCCAAACGUAUCGAUUGGAUGAACUAUUACGAUUAUGAUGUACAAGCAAAUAAAACUAUAGAACAAGAACCAUUGCUGCGCAAUGGUGAGGAAUCAGCGACUGCUUCACAUAACUUUCAGUAUGUGUAGGACAAGUCGAAUCGGGAUGCGAUGACGCGCAAAGCACCCAUAGCUAAUGUUUAAAUCAAAGAAAAAAAACAAAACAAAUUAACCCAGAAGCAUUAAACCAAGGUAAUAUUGACUUAUUUAUUAUGAUUUUUUAUUAUUUUUUUAUAAAUUUAUGUUUUUUUUAGUAUAAAACUUAGUUAAGUUAAAGCUUUCAAAUUUAUAGGUGUAUGUAUUUGUAUUUAUUACUUUAUUUCUAAAACAAAAACACAAAACACAAAGCUUUUUUUAUUUAUAUAUAUAAAAGAAAAUAUAAGUAUUUAUUUAGCGAAGUAUUAAUUAAUUUGUGCUAAUAUUUUCCAUUAAUAUUUUAAAUUUUUUAUGUUUUUUUUUACAAACUGCUAAUUUUUUGUACACUUUUUUAUAUUUAGCCCGAAAAAGCCAUAUUUUUUAUGUUGUAAAUGUAAUUUAAACCACCUUAUAAAGUAAAAAACAUAUGAAUUCAAAUAUUAAGCGAAAUAAUUAUUAUAAUAUUUAUAUAGAAAUUUAUUAAACUUUUUGUAAACAAUUCCAAAACAACGUCAUCGCAAACCGAUUCUUUGUACUAUAUAUAUACAUAUAUUAGAGAGAAAUCGUAAUGUUUAAAUAAUUUUGUACUAUUGUGUAACAUUAUUGAAAAAUUUUCUCUUACUACGUUUGCUUUUUUCCAAAAACUUCCUCUUUAUUAUUAAAAAAAGAAAUUACAAAACGAUUAAAAAGACAUGUAAAUUAUUUUCUUUUUUCUUAGUUUUUAAGAUUAAAAAACGAUAAUAAUAAAUACUUUUUGUAAAGUAUUUUAAAGUUAAAAAUUAAUUUAUAGAAUAACCACAAGCUACUUAAAUAGGAAUUGUUUUAUUUUCAUUUUUGCGCCACCCUAAUAAAAAGUAUGAAUAAUUAGGAGAAAUUCGAAUGGGAGUGAAUGUUUGUUUUCG